UCGUGGCUUUCUCUGUACUGUGACUGAGCUCAUGACAUUUGACUAGCUGUUUAUUCACCCAAAGAUAUCUUCUAAACCAUUCUCAGAAAGCUUGAAAACAUCCAGGGCUAUUAAGUGUCAAUGGAUAUUUCCCAGGUUCUUAUAGGAGUCUGUUGAUACCAAUACAGGUAAAUAAAUGUUUAAAAAUAACAUUCAUUUUGUAUGAAAAUGAAACUGUUUGACCCCUGAUCUACAAACUCAAAUCAUUUUCCAAGGAGGAUACUGCCACUGACUCCCCACUCAGCUGCCAGACUGGGAGCACUGAGAAUUAGGGAGAACAGAGAGAGAGAUGGAGGGAAAGGAUGAGAGACUUAGAGCCACAGAGAGAGAGAAAGUAUUCCUACGAGAGCCAACCUUCCCGGUGACGUCAGCAGCAGAAAACAUCAGUGUCUUUACUGAUGAGGAAGAGAGAGGGAGAUGGAGGAGGAGGACUGGCAUUUGCUACUGACAGUCUGACUGGGUGUCAGAGUUUCGGGGGAAGAUGUGCUCUGGAAUUUAAUACCAGAACGGAGUGAGAAGAUCAUCAGUCCACUGAGAGCAUGACACUCACAAUGGUUUACUAGCUGUCUGUCUUCUUUUUAGAUGAGGACGACAUGUUGACUCUGCCAUUUGACGAACCGACCUCACACCAGACCAGCAGUCCAUUCAGGACCAGCUGGACCACCAACCAAUUCGUCAAACCGGUGAAGUCCAAACGGGGCCGAGCCCUGGAGGAGGACGCGCUUGAGCCCAGGAGAGCGGAUAAAGACGGAGAUGAGGAAAAGAAAGAAGCAGGGGGUUCUCAUAAAAAGACCCUCAGUCAGGCCCGGUUGGACCGGGUUCGACUGCGGCGUAUCGAGGCCAAUGCGAGGGAGAGGAACCGGAUGCACGGUUUGAACAACGCGCUGGACAGCCUGAGGAAAGUGGUCCCCUGCUACUCCAAGACGCAGAAGCUGUCCAAAAUAGAGACGCUGCGCUUGGCCAAGAAUUACAUCUGGGCCCUCAGUGAGAUUCUGAGUACCGGGAAAAAGCCGGAUUUGCUUACGUUCGUGCAGACACUGUGCAGGGGUCUCUCUCAGCCCACCACUAAUCUGGUGGCCGGGUGUCUGCAACUCAACGCCCGCAGAUUUAUCUCGGAGCCGGGAGGGGAGUCGUUCUCCCUCUAUCCAGCCUUCUACCGCAACCACGGACCCGAGGUUGCGGGCUCUAACCCGGGCGACGGUGGCGGGCCCCUGCGGCCCUUCGGCUCCCUCUGCGGCCCCUACGAGGCUCUUUGCGACAGUCCCGCUUCAGACUGCGCGAGCCCUCUGGACACAGGGACGUUCAGCCCAUCCAGUAACUUCAACGGGUUUUUCUCCCUGAAACACGAAGAGCCGACGGACUACCGGAGCUGCCACUACGGCCUCUUCUCGAUCAGCCAGGGCUCUUCGUCAGACCUCGGCCCCUACGACAUCCACCGGGGUCGGUUUUACCAGGUGCGGGGGGAAUUAAACAAGCCCAUCCAUAUCGAGAAUUGUUCAUUAAAAUACAGCUCAAUCCUCCCCCGUGAAAACGGAAAAAUAUAAUUUAGAUGAAUCUUUCAGGAGCCUUGCAAGUUUUGUCAAGGUGUCAUUAUGACACACGCGCGCGCGUGGGCGCGUACCACCUAUAGAUCUGCCAAGCAGUUUUGGUUUUGGUCGGUCGUUUACUUAAAGCUGGCAUUUUUUACUGCAACUUAGAACACUGCAAUAAAAGAAAAUAAAGGCAAAGGGAACUAUGCAAUACAGAGCAGAAGCGUCACAUCUGAAUGAAAAGAGGCGUAAAACACAGCGUGUUUGUUUCUAUCUGCAAUUAUUAUUAUUAUUAUCACUAUUGUUGUUGUAGCUGUGUUUAAUUUAUGUAAUUUGCAUAAACUGAUUAAUUUUUGUUAAGAAUUGGGUGAAACAUUAAAUAAUACAUGCAUAACUCAAAAUAUUAAUGUAUAUGUCUGUAUAUUAAGGUAAACUGGAAUUAUCACUGACUGUAUGGAAUUGUACAGCCAUUAAGCCAACAUUUAGAUAUUUGUAGCCUAAUAAUAAUGUCUUUUACACUCAGGCCACACGUUUGAAAGAUUCCCACUGCAGCUACAAUAAAAUAAAUUGGAAUUUAUACACUCUACACUUGAUCUAUAGUCAAAUUAAAUGUACAAACAAUUCUCUUGUUUUUGCUCCAGAUGUCAUAUUGGGCCAGCAGAAGAAUUUGCUGCUGAAAUGUGAUGUGAUAUCGGUCUCAUCUUGGUUCAUGUCGCCCUCAGUGUGUGCGGUGUUAACUAGUGACUCUAGAAUUUCUCUCCUGACCUCUGUAUCAUUGGGGGGGGGGCAAGAAGAAAGGGUAGCAGCUAUCACAGAAGACUGUAAGCCAUCAUUGACAUUAAAGGGGGCAAUGCACAGUAUUAAGAACUAGGGGUAUGCAAACUGGGGACCAUCUCAUUAUUUUCUUUAUUGCUAUGUUUUGUUUGAUGAUUUUGCUAUUCUGUGAUGCCUUACAGUUUUAUUGAAAUAACUGAAAACAAUAAAAAUUUAG